CCCCCACCCGUUCUCCUCUUCACUCUGAUCUGGUCUUUUGAAAUGAACAAACAGUACAGUACUUGCCUGCAACACACACGCACAAAAAGGCCAGGCCAGGCCAGUCGUGGCCACUCUGUCACAUCCAUACCUAUACAUACAUUUCUUACACACACAUACUACCAUACGCACGCGUGCUAAAGCUUCCUUUUACGGCACUUAUAAAUACUCUCUGCAGCACUUUCUUACACUCUGUCUACAGUUCGUUGAGUUCCCUACUCCCUCCAUCUCCAUCCCUCCCUACCUACUGUUCAAUUUCUUCUCUCUGCUCUGAUCUAUCUAGUCUAAUCUAAUAAUUUUGCUCUGUCCCCAACCAACAUCCAACCCGUCUCAUUUGGCUUUUUCACUUCCACACUCUCAAUUUUCACUUCACUGUCUCCUCCUUCUCUUCUUCCCUGCUAAUCUAAUCUAUUUUCUUUCCCAUGGAAAGAGUGCAGCGACCCCGCCGCUGCAAAACGCCGUCGUUCUCCUCCUCCCUGCUGGACGCCAUCUACCAUUCCAUCGACGACCAAAGAGAGGCCCGCCCCGACCGGAGGACCCACGCCGCCCAGGUCGAGGCCGAGAUCGAAAGCCUCCGCCGGGCGAUCAUGGUCGAGAAAUGGAUGGAGAACUACGCCCCCCGCCACUUCUCCUCCAAUUCAGCCUCCUCCACCGAUUCCAGCGCCUUCUCCUCCUCCGAGACCGACUCCUCCAGAUCCUCCAAACAUGCCAACACCACCAUCAAACCGGCGCCCAAGCGGGAGGGCCGUUUCACCAGGACGAAAUCCAGGGCCAUGAAGAUUUACGGCGACUUGAAGAAGGUCAAGGAGCCCAGCUCCCCUGGAGGCAAAAUUGCCAGUUUCUUCAACUCCAUUUUCAGCCCGAGAAACCUCAAGAAAAACCAGGCCCUGGAGGACUUCCACCACCCCGUCAGGAAGUCGAGAUCGAUGAAAGACACGACGGCGACGGCGACGUCCUGCCUGAGCAAGAAUCACUCCUCCGGCGGGGCCGGGAAAUCGAAGAGAUCCGUCAGGUUCUGCCCCGUCAGCGUGAUUCUCGACCAGGACAGCCGACCCUGCGGCCAGAAAGACACGUACAUCAACGACGGCGACGAAUGCCCCGUCGGCAGCGCGUCGAUUCCAAGCGUCGUCGUCGGCAGCCAUUUUAUUAAGAAGAAUAUCAACAGUUUCCGCCUGGGCGAGGGCAAGAACCUGCGGCGGCAUCAUGAGUUCCGAGAUUUGUAUGAAAAUAACAACGGGAGCGACGUCGACGACCGGAGCUGCGCCAGCUCCGACCUCUUCGAGCUCGAGAACAUCGGACGAGCAUGUCUGUACGAGGAAGAACUGCCGGUGUACGGAACCACCAGUGUGGAGAUCAACCAGGCCAUUGCGAAUCAUCGUCAGAUUUUCUGAUGAUAUUUGCAUGUACGCAUGUAAAAAAUAAUCGACCCAAUAUUAAUUAUUAUUGUUACAAUUAUGAUUAAAUCUGAUUUUAUUUUAAAUUUAGUUCCUGAAUUUGUAUCACGUUGCGAUGAUUAACAAUAACGGAAUUACAUUAGUU